AACAUGAAAAAACAACAACAAUAACACAGACGAGCGCUAUGCAAAUGCUUGCAAAUGGACACUGCUGCCACACUGAAUAAUAUGCAAAAUCUGGAUUAUAAAUGUUAACGAUGUAGCUAUAAAAGAUCGCUAAGUGCUUGGGAGAAAUUUUAUCGUUCUUGUUUUAGUACCUUUAAAAUGAAACGAAUAGACUUAAGCAAAAACAGAUGGCAUUGGAUUAAAGGUGGUAAAAACAAAACACUAGUUCGGACAUAGUAGCAAUGAGUAACUGUACGGACAUAGAUUCGGUAAAAUGGACAGAACCGGGAAAUUUGGUGUCGCUAGCCUGUCUAGCAUUUAUAAAUGUUUUGGUGAUUGUUGGUAACUGCUUGGUGAUUGCAGCUGUAUUUUGCUCCCAUAAAUUGAGAAGUGUUACAAACUUCUUCAUUGUCAGCUUGGCCGUUGCUGAUUUACUAGUUGGCAUUGCUGUUCUACCGUUCUCUUCCGUUUGGGAAGUGUUCAAGGUGUGGAUUUUUGGAGAUUUGUGGUGCUCAAUAUGGCUGGCAGUUGAUGUAUGGAUGUGUACGGCAUCGAUUCUCAAUUUGUGUGCCAUAUCAUUAGACAGAUACGUUGCUGUGACGAGACCCGUUACUUACCCUAGUAUAAUGUCAACAAAACGCGCCAAAUUGCUGGUGGCCGGUGUUUGGGUGUUAUCAUUCGUCAUCUGUCUGCCACAAUUGGUCGGGCUAACGAAAAACCAUAAGGUGCCAACGUCAACGCCAGUUUACUAUCAAUACGAGAACCACACGCUCCUCUCGAUGACAACCGAAACACCAGCUCAACAACAAAAACCAUGUAAAUGGACCUGUGAGUUAACUAAUGACAGAGGCUACGUCGUUUAUUCGGCGCUUGGUUCAUUUUAUAUACCAAUGUUUGUGAUGCUGUUUUUCUAUUGGCGAAUUUACCGAGCGGCUGUCAGGACAACGCGUGCCAUUAAUCAAGGAUUUAAAACCACAAAGGGUUCAUCAAAACAGAAUCGCUUCGAAGAGACCCGUUUAACAUUGCGCAUUCAUCGUGGACGACGAUCAAAUAGUGUGCCACGAAUUUCACCGCCAUUGACCGGACAUCAUUUGAAGCCAUCGAAAAGCAUUGGCACCACAUCAUUAGAACGACGGCGUGAAUGUUUGGCCAAAUCACGUACCGAUGAAAUAAAAGCGGAAUGCGCGGCAAAUGACAUAGCCAUCACCAGCAAGAGUCCAAUUUUGCACAUGAUGCAAAUCACACUAAAUCGUAAAGAGAACAUGGAAUCAUUUCUGUGCAACAAUAAGGCGGCUAAUGAGACCAAUCAAGUGUUGGAUGCAAAAGUCGGUGGUGGUGGUGGUGGUGGUGACGGUAGCAAAACAAUCAAAGGUGUUGGCCGUCGUAUAUUCAAGGUGCAAGCAAAACGGUUUCGCAUGGAAACUAAAGCAGCCAAAACGUUGGCGGUAAUUGUAGGGGGUUUCAUCUUGUGUUGGUGUCCCUUUUUCACCGUUUACAUGAUCCGCGCAUUUUGCGAAUUGUGCAUUGAACCGCUGCUAUUUUCCAUUCUAUUUUGGCUCGGCUACUGCAACAGUGCAAUCAAUCCCCUAAUUUAUGCCUUAUUUUCGAAAGAUUUUCGAAUAGCAUUUAAGACAAUACUGUACAAGUGCUUGUGCUUUCACUGUUGCAAUCGCAAUGCUGGAAACGAUGCGGCCAGCAAAGGUCUGUUUCAGUACAGUAACACGGGCGAUGCGUCCAGGUGACAUCGGUCAAUGAACAGCCUACGGCCAGCUAACCGACAUGGAAACUAUCGACGAAAAGCCAGCAGCGCAACCAAAUUCAAAACAACGUCUAUCACAAACCCAAUGAUUUGCUUAGAAUCAAUCGGACCGGAAUCAAUUGACACAACACAUCAUUCAACAACAAUAUCGACGAUAACAGAUUCAACGCCGUAGGUGCAACAGCGAAUAAACACACAUACACACACACACACAAACAUCAACAGACAAUGUCAAUACCAGUCGAAGGAAGAUUGAAACCAAAUCAACUGAAGAUAUCUUUAGCAGAUGAAGAUGAAGAUGAAGAAGAUGGAACAAAUGAAAAAGAAAGAAAAACCAAACACACGCUGAGAAGCACAUAAAUACAAACAAGCAUAUGAAUGAAAUAGAAACAUAACAUAAAUCUUUGCAUAACGAAACUACUACUCGUAAAACAUUAUAUGUGAGAGCUAAGUUUAAAUAAAUGCUGGUAAAGCGCUCAAUCGACCUUCUGUUGCGCCCCACGCGCAACGCGUUCAAGUGCACAACCAAAUCAAAUCAAUGCACAAUUUAUACGUAUACACAUAGAUCUCGUUCGUUCGUUCGUUGGUUAUCCUUUGUUAUUUUCCAACUCUUUUUUUGUUUCAUUGUGUGUAAAUGUUUGUAAGGAGUGGAAUGAAAUGAGAAAAGCAUAGACAUUUUCAGAAAAGAAUUAAUUAUUAUGCAAAUGUUGAAUUCAAUCAAGUAGGUAAUCAGUUCAUAAGUGAAAUUGCUCCCUGUCAGUGUCUUCAAAAUUCAACAUAUUUGUAUACUCCCUCAGCACACACCCACCCACAUCCAAAAUGGGAGAUCAUAUAAUCGUAUACAAUACGUAGAUAUUAUAUGGGUGGUGGUAAAAUAUCAAAAGCCACUGAUAUUGCCAUUUAGAAUAUUCAUAUGAGAUGAGUUACUUGAGCGUUUUCCCACGUUAAAACGAAAUAGAUUGUAUUGUAAAAUGUUUUUAUUUCUUAAUUUUCUGUUUGUUCCAUUUAACGAUGCCUUUUAAAUGAUCUCUCACUAUUGUAGGCAAUUAAAAAAAAACAGUCAGUGUUAAAGAAAGUAAAAAAAUGCAUUAGAAAACCAUAUUGUUGCUGUUAUUAAUAAGCGUUUGUGGCCAAGAAUAAAUAAAUACCUGAAAAAACCGAAUACACAAAAUCUUUUUCCCCCGUUUCCGUUGACAUUCCAUCCACAACGAUUUUUAUCGUUUAUCUAUUCGUUACACAUAUGCAAAAUAAAAAAAACUUCUUCAAUAAAAUCUUAAAUGAGAUCGAUCCAGCUUUUUUCAGUCUCGAAAGUUUUUCCUGGUCGCCGUUUGAAUGGGCCACAAUAUAACAAAAUCAACAUUCAAUGAAUUCACAUUUAUACUGUGUGGCUAUGUAAAUUUUCGUGAGCUAGCUUUACGUAUGUGUACGCAUUUAAAAGUCUACAAAACGUCAAUGCCAUGAUAAUGUUGCUUCAUAACGAUUUCAACUACACUGGGAAUUGUGACAUGGUCGGCAUUUUGUAGGAUUUAUUUUAAUUUUUUGACUUUUUAUAGCCGACCACCCGCUGGGCUUUGUGUUCAUUGGCGCACAACAUAUAGGAUUUCCAUAAUCAUUGAUGACAUUUACAGUUGCUUUGCCUCAACGAAUAUCAUACUGUGAUUGUGCGAAGAAAGGGGAGAAAAAAUUAUGAAAAAGAUGAACAAACAAAAAAGAGUGGGAAAGAAGGUCUCCGAAAAUCGAUUUCGGCGAUGAUCGAUUGAAUAAUAAUAAAAAUCUUCAUUGUAUGGGGAGUUCCAACGAAAGUUUUUUUUUUGUUUUUUGGCGAAUUUCGUUUUCGUGAAUUUUUGGUGCAUUUCUGUUGAAUUUAUUCGGUGAAUUUCGGAAUUUCAGUUGAAUUUUGGGUGUUUUGGGUUCUAGAAUUUCAAAAAUUUCAAAAAAAUUCUGGAACUUUGCGAAUUUUACGCAGCGAUUCCACAAAUUCCCAAAACAAAUUCAACUGAAAUUCACCAAAAAUUCGCGAAAAAAAAACCAAAAAAAAAAAACUUUCAUCCGAACUGUGAUUCGACGAUUUUUGAAUGAAAUGUUAACUGCUGUUGCUGUGUGUUGUGAAUGGUUGAAAAAAUGGAUAUGCCGAGGAAAAGAAGAAAGCAAAAAAAGUAUACUAAAUUCAAUUACCUGAUUUCAUUUUUAGUUUAUUUCUUCUAAUGUCGGGUUUUUUAUUUGGUCAUUCUUUGAGCGCCCUGCGUCGCACUUAUACACGUUACCCAUUUUAAAUUGUUAUUUUUGACUGCGUUUAGUAAUAAAAGCGCGCACACAUACACAUAGUGUGUGUGUGUCAUACACCAUUCCCCAGUGGAUUCUCGUUAAACGCCUUCCGCUGCGUAGCGUGUGCGUUGGUGUCGACGGAUUUUCAACUGACUAUCUCAUUCUAUCUCACUCUCUUCUCUGUGGAGCGUAAAGUCUCACCUACACAAAAUCCAUUUGGUGUGGGCCAAUUUAUAAUUUCGCUUUUUCCAUGGUUAAGUUUUGUUUUUUUUUUUCAUUUUCAUCUUCUUCCCUACCAUCGAUAUAUAUAUGGUUUUGUAUGGGCAAGAGAACACCUGACACAGCACUAUUACAUUAGACUCUAAAGUCAUAAUAUGAAAAGAAAGAGAGAAUGGAGGAGAAAAAUGGGGAUAAAUGGUAUACGCUUGCCAUCGCAUUGAAAACCAAUGUCAAAGAAGCUCGCAGGCUCAGAAAAUCGAAUGAAAAGACAAUUCAUUGCCAUUUGAAGAGGCAAAAAUAUGAUUUAUACGGCAUUAUCUGAGAUGACACAUAUUUUGUCGACGGGUAAAUAAAAACAAAAAAAAAUCCAAAUGAAACAAUAACAAAUUAAGGGAAUGGUAUUAAAAGUGCUAUUGAUUGAAAAAGGAAAAAAAAGUACAGGGCUAAUCUAACACAUAUAUGUGCUGUGAUUGUACAUUGAAUGGAUGUAUCAGGCCUAUACGUCGGUCGCGCGAGCGCGCGUGCACCCUCGACGAAAGUGAUAUAUGUGUUCAAGAUAGACGAGGUAAAUAAUGAUAGGUCAUAUGUGUGUGGUUUGGAUUGUCUACAUUUCGAGUAAAUUGAUUAUUGAUUCGUUUAGUGCGCGCCGAGUAUAGUGGUUGGUGCCUAUGGUCAUUUGCUUUUGUUUUGCUUCUAUUUCCGAUACACACAAGCAAGCAAACAAACAAACAAAACAAACAAACACACGUACUCUCUGAGUGAGUGAGAGAGAGAGAGAGAGAGAGAGA